CAGCAUCAAGAGUGCGGAUCCUCCUGUGGAAGGGAAGGCGUGUGAAACCGUUGCGUCGUCACACGUUGACUAAACGUUUCUGCUGUAUGAUUUUUUUUUUUCUUUUUUUCUCUCUCCUCCUCUCCUUGGCGAAGUUCCAGCGAGAUAAAGAGCUCUCCGCCUCUCAGCCAACAUGGGUUAGACACGCCGCGACCCGUGCAGUGUCCACUCGGUGCACUUGAAGCGAGGAUGGGGGGAACCGCACAGACACCCUGACAAAGGCAGCGACUGCGAGGGGAACACACGUUUGGGAUUUUGCAAUCUUUGAUUCUUCUUUUGAGUUCUACUGUUGGACCCACGUCAGGCGAAGAGAGAUGUUUGCAGAAUUGCUGUGCAGCGCCGCGGCUCUGGUCCUGUACGUCAACACUCUGGGAGCAGAUUUCUGCUACGAUGACAGCCGCGCAAUCAAGACCAAUCAGGACCUGCUUUCAGAAACACCCUGGACAAAUAUCUUCUAUGAUGACUUCUGGGGCACCUUGCUCACACACAGUGGCAGCCAUAAGUCUUACCGCCCCCUCUGCACCCUCUCCUUCCGUCUCAAUCAUGGUGCUGGUGGGCUGGACCCUUGGGGUUACCACCUGGUGAAUGUGGCCUUCCACGGGGCGGUGACUGGCCUUUUUACACGGCUGGCUCAACUGCUGCUUGGAGGAGGCUUGUGGGGCCUCCUGGCCGGCCUGCUGUUCGCCUCUCACCCCAUCCACACAGAGGCGGUGGCGGGUGUUGUGGGCCGAGCCGAUGAAGGAGCUGCCUUGUUCUUCUUGCUGUCCCUGCUUUGUUACAUGCGUUACUGUAAGCUGCGCGGCAACGCUGGACCACUGCGGCUUGUGGCUUGGUUCCUUGGCAGUCUGGGCUGUGCUGCAUGCAGCAUGCUGUGGAAGGAGCUGGGAGUGACUGUGCUGGCCUUAUCGGCACUCUAUGACAUCUGCAUUUUGCACAGGCUCAAACUGCGACAGGUUACCAUGCUUCUGUAUAAGAGAAAUAACGUCCAGCUGCUGCUGAAUGUAUUUCUGCUGGCAGCGUGGGGCGCGACCCUGUUGGCCGGCCGCUUAUACUGGAUGGGUAACAAGCCCCCAAGCUUCUCGAACUCUGACAACCCAGCAGCAGACUCCCCCUCCCUCCUCGCCAGGACACUGACCUUUUUCUACCUGCCUGCCAUCAACUUUUGGCUUCUCCUCUGCCCCAACACACUCAGCUUUGAUUGGUCGAUGGACACCCUACCUUUGAUCAAGAGCCUUGCUGAUUGGAGGAACGCUCAUACACUCAUCUUCUAUUUGGGAUUGCUGCUGCUGUUUUGGUUCAGUGUGUGGAAGCAGCCAAGAGCUAAGGGCAAGGACAGUAAUGGUAAAGCUCAUGUGUUUACGAAUGGAAGGAAUGUGAACAGCAAUGGGCACAAUUACCAGAAUAAUGCACAUGAACAUGUGAACAACUCUUGCAAGAAGACUUACAUUAAUAGUGUACAGAACGGUACCAAAAGGCUCCAUGAGAGCAGGACAUCGCUGCCCACCACGGAAAAUGUUGUGGUGUUCUCCCUUGGGCUUUUGGCUAUCCCUUUCCUCCCUGCCACAAACCUCUUUUUCUACGUGGGCUUUGUAAUCGCAGAAAGAGUACUCUACAUCCCCAGCAUGGGAUUUUGCCUGCUGGUAGCUGUGGGGUUGAGGUCUCUGUAUGUCCGACUGAGAAACAGGUCCUCAAGGACCUUGUUGGUUUACUGCAGCGCAGCUGUGAUUUUGCUUUUUGGUGCCAAGACUGUUUUGAGGAACCGGGACUGGCGGAAUGAAGAGAUGCUCUACAAGUCAGGGAUUUCUGUCAAUCCUGCUAAAGCGUGGGGCAACCUGGGAAACGUCCUGAAGAGCCAGGGAAAGAUGGAGGAGGCAGAGCAGGCGUACAGAAAUGCUCUCUAUUAUCGCAGUAACAUGGCUGACAUGCUGUAUAACCUUGGUUUGCUGCUUCAGGAGAGCAACAAGUUCUCAGAGGCACUUCACUACUAUAAGCUGGCAAUUGGGAGCCGGCCAACUCUGGCCUCGGCCUACUUGAACACAGGCAUCAUCCUGAUGAAUCAGGGUCGCCUGGAGGAGUCCAAGCGUACCUUUCUAACUUGUGCCGACAUCCCGGACGAGAACCUGAAGGACCCCCAUGCCCACAAGAGCUCGGUCACCAGCUGCCUGUACAAUUUGGGGAAGCAGCUCCAUGAGCAGGGGCAACAAGAGGAGGCCCUCUCCAUCUUUAAACAAGCAAUACAGAAGAUGCCAAGGCAAUUUGCACCGCAGAGCCUCUACAACAUGAUGGGAGAGGCCUAUAUGAGACUAAACAAACUGACUGAAGCCGAACACUGGUACCGAGAGUCCCUGCGAGCCAAGCCGGACCACAUUCCUGCACACCUCACCUAUGGAAAACUCCUGGCUACGACAGGGCAGAAAUCAGAAGCAGAGAGGUACUUCUUGAAGGCCAUCCAGCUGGAUCCCACAAAGGGCAACUGUUACAUGCAUUAUGGUCAGUUUUUGUUGGAAGAAUCGCGCCUGCUGGAAGCGGCAGAGAUGGCGCAGAAAGCGGCGCACUUCGACAGCGGGGAGUUCGAUGUGGUCUUCAGUGCCGCUCACAUGCUCAGACAAGCCAGCCUGACUGUAGCAGCUGAGAAGUAUUACGGACAAGCAGCAAACCUGAGACCAAACUAUCCUGCAGCCUUGAUGAACUUGGGAGCCAUCCUACACCUCAAUGGGAAACUUCAAGAAGCUGAAGCUAAUUACCUCCGAGCACUGCGCCUCAAACCAGAUGACACCAUCACCCAGUCCAACUUGCGUAAGUUGUGGAACAUCAUGGAGAAACAAGGCCUGAAGACCACGAGCCCUUAAACUCCUGUUGCCUGCCUCCUUGGCACACGGAUGACACUCGAGUUGCUCAUCUUGUUGACAUGGACGAGACUCAGGGAGGACAUUUGCAAAUACAGAGAGGUCUUGAUGGUGGCCUCGCACCCUCGUCACGGCUCCUGCGUAUACCUUAACUUUUGACAGAAACAUUGUCAGAAGUUUGGUUGUCAUUGUAGCUCUUUUUUUUUUUCUAACUACAGCACUUGAAAUGAAGGUGGUAAUGUGGUACCAUCCUUUAACAUCGGGAAGGAAUUUGAAGAAAUGAGAUGGCGUUCUCUAUCACCUUUUAAUGAAUAAAAUAUUUCAUCCGUCAGUACACGGAGACAAUCGGGAUGCUAAUAAAGAAUGCUACCCAAAACGUCAAUAAAGAAUAGUUGAGGUGAAACUUCAAAACAAACAUCAUAGUAUGAAGAAAUAUGGACGGUGGAAUGUUUUAGACUUGAAAAGGGAAUUAUUUAUUCGCUGUUGCAGCACAAUAAAAGCCUCGAAGAGUUAAAUGUAGUAUAUUUGUUGCCAAUUACAGUUUAUAGAUUAGGCGUGAAAAUGUAAAAGGGAGAAGGACCCAGGACCUGUGUGAUAUUUAUUAUGCCUUCUGAUAAAAUCAUUGAGACUUUUUUUUUUUUUUUUUUUUUUUUUUAGCAGUCGAAAACAUUUCUAAACUUCUACAGAAAUGAAGUCUUCAUGCAACAAGUAGGGAGCUAUAAAUGGAAAAAAUGAAUUACCUUCCCAUGGAAGUUGUAAACAACUUAAGGACUGGUAUGAGAGUCCGGGUGACACCACCUCCCAUACAUGUCAGAAGCUUUUAUUUAAUACAUCAGUAAGUGAAGGAGUUGUUCUAACCAAAUGCAAAAGCUAUCUUUAGCGAUGCUGACCUUUUUUUAACAUCAUAGGAUGCAAAGACUGAAGAGUCUUCAUCCGUGUGUUUGUCAUGGACUAAACGAAUUUGUUGUGUUUGUAUAAAAUGAAUCCUAAUAUAUACCCGAAUUGUGUAUUUUAAACAGAAACUCUUACAGGGAAAAAGUAGUCUGGAAAAGAGAGAGAGAUUUGUUGGAUUACUUCACUGUGUUUGUUUUUUUUCACCUCAUCUUGUCACGUUUUUGUUCUCAGUCUUUACGUGUCAAUGUUGUACAUUUUUCCUAAAUCAUGUCCGCCUGUUGUCAGCAUAAAUUGAGUCAAAACGCACCUUCUGUGAAUGAUGACUGGUACAGAAUUGGUGGUAACGUUUGCGAGUCGCUUAUCAUUAAAUAUCUGUUUCAAACGUCUUAAGACUAAAAUCCCACUUUUUGUUUCCACACUUCAAGGCUGCAAAAAAAAAAAAAAAAAAACCUUGCUCACUGAACACGCCAAUCAGAAUGAGACAAGGUAACGGACAACAAUAAUAGAGGAGAACGGGUGAUAAUUGUAUUCUCGUCAGAAGACACAUUUCAUUCCGUCUCGAACCUAACCCUUAAGUUAUUGGUGUUGUGUUACUAUAGCAACAGAACCAGCUGGCACUGUGUUGUACAUGCGUAAUGAAGAAAAUGUUACGUUUUCAGACCGGCAUUAAGACUCUUAAGUCUAUUUGAAGUUAAAAUUAUGAGCUAAACGGAGCAGUUUUGAAUGUGUUUUUUUCUGAACUUUGUCAUGUCAUGUUUGGUGAUUUUUCACAAGUGUAAAUGUAAGCUGUUUCCAAUCACCUUCCUUCCCAGCCUCACACACUCUGUAGUCACAACAUGUGUUUAAUUGUUAUUGUACAGUGUUUUUGAGCAAAGUGCUAAUUGCUUGAGUCAAUUUUCCCACUCUGUGUCACAGCUCAGGGAUCUCAAGCGGUGCAUUGUUGCAGAAAAAAAAGUCUACACAGAGCUAAAUUAUAGAUUUAUUUUUGAAAGUUGUCGUAUUUGUAUAUAUUAUUGAGAUUUGUAACAUUUUUGCCCUUUUUAAAAAAAAAAAAAAAAAAAAACAGUGUCAGAAUAGAACAUUUCCCUGAUGUUGCUUUUUUUUUGGCCUAAUAAAUUUAUGCUGUCAUGCA